AUGACGACCAUCUUUGUGUCGCAUCGCUCGGCCCUAGUGGCAUACCUUGUGGCGGCAGCUCUAAAACUCCACUUCCGCCAUCGCACUCUUCGCAUCGUCAUUGUAGAACUCUUCGACAAGUCGACACCUACAGACAAUAGACCAUACUGUGGAACCAGCACCGUGUCCAACCUACGGUUGGCACGAUGGUCAUUUCUUCAUAAGAUGCUAUUGGCGCAGGUAUUAGCGCCGCUGCUCCUUUUUGCUGAGUCUGUUCAUGUGCAUGAAACUGGUCCUCCUCGACUAUCUCCAGAUAAACCCAUUUGGGCGCAGUACCUGACGGUGGUUGCUCUGGGAGGUAAUCCCGAACGGUUUCUUGCCCUUUUCUACCUGCCACAGCUUCUCGAGCGGACCUUGGCCGUGUUUUUGGCAGAAAGUCCCAACGUGUCGUUCUUAUCGGUUCAGAGCCAUCAGAAUAUCCCAUCGGUGAUUCGCUCCAUGUCAGGCAACACUGGCGCUGGUUCGCCAGAUAUCUGGCUCCAUUUUGGCGCUGGUGACGUCAAUAAUCGAUCUUCCAAUUUGGAUAUUUUGGCGAACUCUACCUUAUGUGGUCUAGCCCUCAAAAACGGAGAACAUUCAUCUAAUUCAUGGCAAAGAACAGGUGGAUUGUCUUUUGACAUUAAUCGUGCACUUCCAAAUGCUGUUCUCUGGCUUCCACUCUUCAAAGGCGCUGCUGGAAUGUUCAGCGAGCCCAUUUUUCUCCAACAAGUGCAUCUAGAUAGCCGCAUAGUGUCUGUUUCAGUGAAUCCCCUCAACCUUAAUUUACAUGAGGAGACGUUUGCUUCGCGACACGAUCUUCUAUAUGGAUUAAAGACAUGUGACUUUGUGCUUGGAGUCGUGGACAACAUGUUUGAUCGGUAUAAUCUAGACUUAACACCUCAUCGGCUUUGA